UAUCCAGUGACUACUGUGGCGUACACUGCCGAUGUAACCACGAAUUUGCUUGGGCCUCCAGGUCCCCAGUUUUCAAACAAUGGUAAUACUAUCUACUCUCUAGUUGUGGUCCAUAAAUAUGGUAAUUGUAUACCAUCUCCUCUCUUUGUGGUCCAUAGCAAUGGUAAUUGUAUACCAUCUCCUCUCUUUGUGGUCCAUGAAAUAAAACUUUAUUUUAAAAAAUAACUAUUGAAAUAACUGUAGGCCAAUUCUGUUUAUUAUUUUUUUGUCCAGAACUCACAGUUCAAACAUUAUCAAAUGUCAUUUAAUACGUUUCAUACUCUUCAACAUUUAGCUGUGCACACAUAUUUUCCUCUACAUUUUAAAUACAUUACUGGGUGGUUACAUUUACUAUUUGUAUUAUUAUAUUAACCUCUUUUUUUUUUUUUUUUUUAUUUUACCCUCUUUUUUUUUUUUUUUUUUCGAAUGGCUUAGGAUAACUAUUUCAGUGUUAUCAUCGCACCACUACUUAUUCAUAUUUUCUCCUCUCUCUUCUUGGAAAAUUUGUCUUGAUCAGUGAUUCAAGGGUCGCCAAAAAUUCUUCUCAAAAUGUUUUCAUUUAAUGAAAAUCCAUCAUUUUUAUCAAACUUUUUUCCCCCCAAGUUUCUAAUCCGUCUCUGGAUUAGCUCCCUUAUCUCAGAGUUUUGAAUUAUCCCUCUUGUUUGAAGGCUCUGAAAUUAAACCUUGUUUUUGUAUUCCUUUGGCAGACUACAGCGAUGGAGGCCUCGCUAGAGCCCAGGGUGAGGCCCACGCACACAUUGAUGAGGAGACAUUGAGGUUGAUUGAAUCUGAACAUCUUCUUGUUGACAGGGAAUGCCUUGUGCUGGCUGAUGAAAUAGGGAAAGGUAAUUGGUAG